AUGCCGUUCCCUUUCGGUAAGUCUCACAAGUGUCCAGCGGACAUUGUGAAGAAUCUAAAGGACAACAUGACCAUUCUGGAGAAGCAGGACAUUUCAGACAAGAAGGCUGAGAAGGCCUCUGAAGAGGUGUCCAAAUCUCUGCUGGCCAUGAAGGAGAUUCUCUACGGCACCAAUGAGAAGGAGCCGCAGACCGAAGCCGUGGCUCAGCUCGCUCAGGAGCUCUACAACAGUGGCCUGCUCAGCAUCCUCGUCGCAGAUCUGCAGCUCAUUGACUUUGAGGGCAAGAAAGAUGUGGCACAGAUCUUUAAUAAUAUUCUGAGACGUCAGAUCGGCACUCGGACACCUACGGUUGAAUACCUGUGCACUCAACAAAAUAUACUCAUUAUGCUGCUUAAAGGUUACGAGUCUCCAGACAUCGCUCUGAACUGCGGGAUCAUGCUGAGGGAAUGCAUACGGCACGAGCCACUGGCCAAGAUCACCCUCUGCUCCGAGCAGUUCUACGAUUUCUUCAGAUACGUGGAGAUGUCCACCUUCGACAUCGCCUCGGAUGCAUUUGCCACUUUUAAAGAUUUGCUGACGAGACACAAACUGCUCAGCGCUGAGUUCCUGGAGCAGCACUAUGACAGAUUCUUUAGUGAAUAUGAGAAACUUCUUCACUCAGAAAACUAUGUGACUAAAAGGCAGUCGCUAAAGCUUUUGGGAGAGCUGCUUUUGGACAGGCACAACUUCACUAUAAUGACAAAAUACAUAAGCAAACCAGAGAACCUCAAACUCAUGAUGAACCUACUGAGAGACAAGAGCCGCAACAUCCAGUUUGAGGCCUUUCAUGUAUUUAAGGUGUUUGUGGCCAAUCCGAACAAGAUCCAGCCCAUCCUCGACAUCCUGCUGAAGAACCAGACCAAACUCAUCGAGUUCCUCGGCAAGUUCCAGAGCGACCGCACCGAGGACGAGCAGUUCAGUGACGAGAAGACCUAUCUCAUCAAACAGAUCCGAGACCUCAAGAGGCCAACCCCGCAGGACGCUUGAGAAGGAUCACGAUUGUAUACAAAUGCAUAGAGGACGUCUAGACAGUGUUUUAGGCAACGUCUGGAUGAUGUUUGGCUCUCUGGGACGUUGAGUGGCCGCAGCACUGGCCAUGUUUUUGUGAUUUGCAAGAACCGUUAAAAUGGCAUUUGAGCUCAGUGGGUGAGAAAUAUGGCGACAAGGAUGAAAAGUAGUCUUGCUUCGCUGGACAUUCAACCUCUCCCCCUACAAUGUUUUAUUCUCAUGUUUCAAAAAACUAAGA